AUGGAGGUGGAGAUGGAGGUGGAGGGAAAAGACGAGGAGGCGGGGAGGGAGAUGGCGCCGAAGAAGUUGCGCAUUCGUGGUGAAGCCAAUCGAACAUAUGACAAGGGGGUUCGCCAGCCGUCGAGCAUGCUUGGAGCUCUUAUUAGGAUGUAUUGGCUGGGCUUUUACACUCCGGUCCCUGGCGGCGAGAAGAAGCUAGCCGAGACUUGGGCGGACUAUGAGGCAGCGAACUGCCCGGGCUUUGGGAAAACUUCUGACGCCGUGUAUACCAAGCUUUGGACCCAUUAUAAGGUGUCUGAUGAUAUGGUUGAGCAUGGGAAGGUGGUACUGACUAGGGCUUGUCAGAGGUUGACACGGCAGCAGUGGUACAAUCAGAAGCAUACCUGCAUCGGGCACUUCAAGGCUGAGCAUGACAUGAGGGUCAAGAAGGCUAACAAUAUCAGGGACGAUACCCAGCUGACGAAGGAUGAUUACAUGAAGGUUAUGCCUCUGUGGUGCAAAAAUAAGGACGACACAUUUGAGGCGUUGGUAGCGAGGUGGGUUGGCGAAGACGCCAACUUCAACGCCAAGAGCGCGCGCAACAAGGCAAACCGUGGCACCGGAGGAACACGGAGUGCGGGAAGCCGCAACACUGAGCGCUACAGGAAGCACAAGGUACAUAUAUACAUGGAACAACUUGCAUUUAUUUCCCCUCAUAUUACUACUUGAUACACAUAACAUUUCUUUUGUUGUGCAGGAGGC